GCACUGACGACAGACUGAGGACCCACUUCUCUGUUCGGUGUUUAAGCAGUUACACCGCUUAGAGAGAGAACCAAAAAUGGGAGCUCUUACAGCUGCUGCUCAUGUCCCUUCACUUCAUAUCCCACCAACAUCAACUACACUCCACAGGGUCCGAUUCACAAAAUCCACUUCUCCAAAUAUUCCCAUCUCAUCAAGAAACAUGUCAAAGUUCAAAUUAACCUUUGAAUACCUCAUCAUCAUCCACAGUCUCAAUAGAUUCCAUGGACCCUCCUGAUCCAGAGCUCGACGCUGAAACUGAGGGGGACAAAUUUGAUUGGUAUUCAGAGUGGUACCCGGUUAUGCCGGUAUGUGAUUUGGAUAAGAGGGUGCCGCAUGCAAAGAAAGUGAUGGGGCUUGAUUUGGUUGUGUGGUGGCAUAGAAAUGAAAGUGAAUGGAAAGUGUUUGAUGAUUCUUGCCCUCAUCGGUUGGCUCCACUGUCUGAAGGGAGAAUUGAUCAAUGGGGAAGAUUGCAAUGCGUGUACCAUGGGUGGUGUUUCAGUGGCUCCGGUAACUGCAAAUUCAUUCCUCAGGCACCUCCAGAUGGACCACCGGUUCACACAUUCAAGAAAGCAUGUGCUGCUGUUUAUCCAAGUACGGUGCAAAAUGACAUUGUCUGGUUUUGGUCAAGUACUGAGCCUCAGUACAAAAACAUACUUACGAGGAAAAAACCCCCUUAUAUCGCAGAGUUGGAUGAUCCAUCAUACCCUAAGUUAAUGACGAACCGGGAUAUUCCUUAUGGGUAUGCAAAAAUAAUGCUGCUGUAUUUAUUCAAUAUAGUAAUUCUUUUUAG